GUAGGCUGUAAUUUGGGUGAGGCUUUUUUUUUUUUGGUGUCUGAUUGUGUCUUCUUUUUGGGGAUUUCUGGCAAUUAUCAGCUCCAGCCACCGUCCGGAUGACGCUAUAUUAGCGACCAGCCCUCCCUCUACUAUCUUUGAACUGUCUGCGAAAAUGACGCGGAGUGCACUUUCACCACCAGCGCCCUCGUCUCUCCCUAUGUCGGCCAUCACCGAGCGCUCCAUGUCACCGACGACGACGAAAUGGAACACCGAUCGGUUAGGGAUGCGACUGGGGGUGGACGUUGCCAGCGCCGCUACGGCGGGUGCAUUGACCUGUCCAGUCAUCACCGUGAUUGAUCGUGCGAUCAUCGAGAAAGCGGCCAAAGGCCUCCCCAUCCAACAAACCAUCACCUCAUGUUUCCGCUCCAUGGCCUCGAAACCGGGGGCCUUCUUCCUCAGCACCCCUUUCCUCCUCAUCUACACGCUGUACACCUCGACAUACCUGACGGCCAACACCAUUGACACCGUCAUGUCGACGAUGCGCGACAAGCCGUUCUCGACGGUGUUCCCGGGGACGGCCAAGUUCCUGUCGACGACGGUGGUGAACAUGGGCAUUUGCGUAUACAAGGAUGCGCGGUUCGCGAGGAUAUUUGGGGCCUCGAAACCCGGUGUAACCACAGCCACUACUACGACCCCUUCCACAUCUCCACCCCGAAUGCAAACCCCCGCAGCACCAACCGUGUCCUGCCACCCCUCCGGCACAGCCACCGCGACCGUCCCCCGCAUUUCGUACGCCCUCUUCUGCCUCCGCGACAGCAUCACCAUCUUCGCCUCCUUCAACAUCCCCGCCCUGCUGGCCCCGACCAUCCCGGACAGCAUCGCCGCCACGCCCGGCAUGAAGGCGGCGCUGGCGCAGUUCUCGUGUCCGGCGCUGAUGCAGUUCGCGAGUACCCCGCUGCAUCUGCUGGGAUUGGAUCUGUAUAACCGGCAGCCACCGGGAGGUCUGGGGUGGCGCGAGCGGGCGGCGCGGAUCCGCCGGGAUUACGUGCCGAGCUGUUUUGCGCGGAUGGGGAAGAUUGUGCCGGCUUAUGGCGUAGGGGGUGUUGUGAAUGUGAGGAUGAGGGCGUGGUUGAUGGGGGGGUUAGAAGGGUGAGGGUUGUCUUCACACAGAGGAUGUUUCUCUGAGAGAAAGGUGAGGGGGAGAGGGGCAAGGAAGAGUACUAAUUCAAACCUCUUUGCUUGGUUGAGCAUGACAUGAGUUGAGGGCAAUGCCAGCCUUCGUUUGGUACAUCAUGCUUUGUGGGGGGAAAGGAAACGGCUGCUUUGCUUGCGAUAGACUUGCGCGGUUCACACACUUAUCAACACUACACGACAUAUACCAGUAUCUCACACCACAUUUCACAAGAUACACCACAGAUACACCACAUACACAUACACAUUCAACUCCGACCUACAUACAUCAUACACCCCCACUCGACUCCACUCCACUCCAUGCGACUGGCAUACGUACUCCUUUGAUGAACGAUUCAGCUGGAAUGCACAUUCAGUUCCAGAUACAGGCGUUUGGCGUUCUAUCCCGCAAAUACUUACAUUGAGCGGUGUGUUGUUUCCCUGUCAUCUUUUGGCCAGU